AUGGUUGCGCAGCUAGUGGGGAAACUAGAGCCGCUUGCGGGCCGUCUACGCUCGUCUUCGGGGUCGCCCGAAGACAGUCUAAAAGCACACCAGGCGGUCUUUCGAAAUACGCAGGACUCGGCUGCCGACGAGGACUCUUAUCUGGAUUCGUGUUCUGAGGCCUCGGACGGCGUGAAAGGCGCAGGCGGCUCCAGCGGGCCGCGUGAAAUCGUGAAAAAAACUGCCAGAAACUCCAUCUUCGACGAGUACAAGUCUCUUUUCGACGUGGCGCAGGACACCCACGCCAAGGUCGUGAGCUGCGGCCGCAGGUUUGUCGUGGGGUCGCAGUACAAAGGCCCGCAGCUCGGCUUCAGCAUCUUGCUUUCCGAGCAGAGCAUAAACUACGUCAAGCUGAAACUAGCGCCCAAAGACCACUACUUGGUGGUGCCCAUGCAAACCAUGCCCGUGUACAUGAUCGCCAGCAAGAAGGCGUUCCACAGCAUCUGGCUGGAGCCGCAGGUGCAGACCACAGACAGCAUAGCCAGCUUGCGGAUGGGCUGUUUUCCGGACGCGCAGUUCAUCGACGAGGUGCUCUGCAUCUUCGAGAAGAUCCAUUUCGCCAACUUCAUCUGCAGCGUGGAGUACGUCCGCGGUCUUUUUGAGGUCUUCCACUCCAACAAGAAGGCGCGCAGCCCGGACCCGAAGGUGCUCUCCUACUCGGAGCUCAUGAUCAUGUCGUUGGUGAUGAUCAUCUGUGUGUCCGCGUACGUGGACGCCAAGAACAUGCCGCAGCCGGCUGGCCCGCAGUUCCCCCGGAUGUCCAAGUUCUCGCUUGCGGAGCUCGUGGCGUUCCAGGAGUCCAAAUUCAAGGCCGCGGUCUACUACUACCACCGCGUGUGCACGGUCAGCGAAGGCAUCGCCACCAUCCAGGCUCUUCUCCUCAUGGCCGUGCACCUCGAGACCUCGUGGGUCAUUUCGGACCUCAACUUUUCGCUCACGUCCAUGGCAGUGCGCUACGCCCAGGACAUGGGUCUCCACCGGCUCGACUCGGCAGCACAUCUCCGGCCCGAGGAGCGAGAAAAACGCGCCCGCGUAUGGAGGACGUGCCAGCACUUCGACAUCGAGGUGUGCUACCGCCUGGGAAAACCGCCCUCGGUCAACUUGCUCGACGUGUCUCUCGAUGACUUGUUCUUCCAAGGGCCGCCUCCAGAUGGCGGGUCCGACAAGGGUGCCCUCGAGAUCGACUACGACAAGCUAUGCUACAUCCGGUGCUACACGUACAUGAGGCUCUUCAGUGCCCAGGUGAAGUACGACAGCUUGAAGAACAUCCAGGACGUGGUAAUGGUCAUCAACAACGACAUGUUCCGUCUAGCCGAGGACGUCCGGUCUGGCUCUCGUCCACGUCUUUACAACGAGCAGGGUUUCGAAGCCCUUGUCACCAGCUUCACGGACAACAGGUACCCGCCAGCACAUCUCGAGAUGCUCAUAGGCUUCCACCUCACCUUCUUCAAUCACGUGAUGACCAUCAACAGGGUGCCCUGGGCCGUUGUUUCCGACGUGAAGGACCCCUCUGCCAAGGAAAACUCGAAGUUCCGAAAGCUCUCCCUCGACAGCGCCCGGACAAUCUUGCACAUCACUCGGACCUUGAGCCAUAUAAGCUCGUCCAUUCUUCUGUUCAACUGGCUCGUCACAUACCCCUUUCUGGCAGUGACCAACCUUUUAUCGAACUGCCUCAAUUACCCCGAUGACCCCGAUGUCUUGAAGGACUUGAGCUUGCUCAUCGACGUCUCGUUGAACACGUUCGGCCGGAUUGGUGCUAGGGCAGAAGAGGAGGAAGCCACGCGCUUGUUGUACAUUCGAGUCAGAAUGGCAGACAUUCUUAUCAGAGUCAUCAUGAGGGUUGUCAUCACCAUAGUGGACCAGACAUGCAGCACGGACAUCCUUGGCGCCAACCCUGGUCUCUUGGAGCAUUUGCUGAUGGUGGAAAGAAGAUAUCCGAGGUUCUGCAAACCGUUGGCGAAGUCUUCCACGGUGGAGCUGGAUGCCAAUCUGGCACAUGUCACCAGUCAUGCCAGCCCCAGCACGCCUGCUCCCAUGGCAUCCUCAGCUACUAGUGAUAAUGAAGUUCCGCUUUUCUCGCCUAGCUUGGGUGCGCUAGAGGUGAUCGAUUUCCUUGAGUUUGGCGAUAAGCUCGGAAACCUUCCGCACGAAAAUGGCUUCGGCGACGGAACAAACCAAGACUAUCUCAACUUGCCAAACUUCUUCUUCGACAAUGGAAUCUAG